AAGUAUUUAAGCAGGCGUGUGGAUAACCUCGCCACCAGACACACCUCGAUCCACUCCUUGUGACACCGCACCACACCCCAGUCGAACACUGAUCGCAUCGCAAUUAUGGCACGCCGAGGCUUACUCGCACUGUUUCUGGUGCUCUCACUUUCUCAAACCAACGCUCAACAACAGCUUCAAAGGUACAAUAUUGACCCGUCGAAGACUACAGUUUCGGGGAUAUCUUCUGGUGGCAUCAUGGCUAUUCAGUACCAUUUUGCUCAUUCGACAAGAGUGCACGGGGCUGGAGUGUACGCAACGGUGCCGUACAUGUGUGGCUUUGGGGGGGUUGCGGCCGCAACCACUUGCAUGUCAACGCCAAAUCUGGUGAAUAUACCAUUCCUGAUUAGUGAGGCUAAUGCAAUGGCGAGUCAAGGCUAUAUUGAUAACCCCAAUAACGUGCAAGGGGAUCCGGUUUACAUUUAUCAUGGAUCACAGGACUCAGUCGUUCGUCCUGGAUCGGGCCCUAAUGUUCGUGAAGUGUACCAACAUUUCGGAGCUAGAAUUGUAUCAAAAUUUGAUAUUGCCAGUGAUCAUGCCCAGCCAACAAAUAACUACGGUAGUGCCUGUGGUAGUUCUGCAGAGAAUACUGCAUGGAUAAGCAAUUGCAAUUAUCAGGGGGCUUUCGAAAUGUUGAACCACCUUUACGGGGGGUCGCUGCGACGGCCAGAUGGAAACACGGUGGCGAACGGCGACUUUAUUUUGUUUAGCCAAUCAGAAUUUUUUAAUUUCGCACCAAGCUUAUCGAGCAUGGAUACUGCAGGUUAUGUCUACGUCCCCACUGGUUGUAUUGACAAGACGACCCCAUGUGCAUUGCACAUCGCUUUCCACGGAUGUGUUCAAAAUAGGGCUGCUGUUGGGGACGUUUACGCUAGAAGAGCUGGAUACUUGGAGGUUGCUGAAUUGAACAACAUUGUGGUAUUAUUUCCACAGACCAUUGCCAGUACUCUACUUGGGAAUCCAAAUGGGUGUUGGGACUGGUGGGGUUACUUAAAUCAGCUCUACUCGGCCAGGGAGGGCAACCAGGUGCUUGCUACCUACCGAAUGAUGAACAGAAUCAUCAAUGGAUGAACAAACUUAAUUCAAAUCGACACAAAUGGAAGAGCACCAAAAAUGAAGUCUCUGCAUUGUGGAAAAAAAUCCUCUCUUGCUUUUCACUCGUCUCGACAUUUUUUAUCUGGAAUGAACAUGCCAAAAAUAUAUAUUAUUUCCGCAUCUUUGUCUAUAUACUCUCUAUUUCAUUUCCUUUCCUUGUACGCAUAUACAAAAAUAAAGUAAAUAUACUCAUUACAAAUGCCUUGAAUUA